GCUGUCUGUCAGGGUGCUGGCCAGCCUGUCCAGAGAGCAGGCACCGCCGGCCCCAGCAGACGCACAGCUACCUGCCCGCCCGCCGCCAGCCUCCGUGGAACUCGGCCAUGGCCCUGAGCAAAGGAGGCCAGGCCCUGGUGCUGCUGCUGGUGAGCUGGGCGUCCAUCUGUCGCGUGCACCCAGAGGGCACAGAGCCCAACCCGCUACCGGGAGACGCCGAGAGCCCCAAUUGCCCGGCCGUGUGCACCUGCAGCUACGAGGACUACUCGGAUGAGCUCAGUGUCUUCUGCAGUGCCCGCAACCUCACGCAGCCGCCGGCUGGCGUCCCCGAGGAGACCCGUGCCUUGUGGCUGGACUGCAACCACCUGGGCCACAUCCCAGCGGCCGCCUUCCAGAACCUCUCCGGUCUGGACUUCCUCAACCUACAGGGCAGCCAGGUGGGUAGCCUGGAGCCGGGGGCGCUCCUGGGCCUGGGUGCACUCUACCACCUGCACCUGGAGCAGAACCAGCUGCGCAGCCUGGCGGCUGGCACCUUCGCACACACGCCGGGCCUGGCCUCGCUCAGCCUGCACCACAACCAGCUCAGCCGCCUGGACGGCGGCCUCUUCUCGGGCCUGCCGCACCUCUGGACCCUCAACCUGGGCUGGAACAGCCUGGCCGUGCUGCCCGACACUGCCUUCCAGGGCCUGGGUGGCCUGCGGGAGCUGGUGCUGGCCGGCAAUCGGCUGAGCUACCUACAGCCGCCGCUCUUCAGCGGCCUGGAGGAGCUGCAGGAGCUGGACGCCAGCCGCAACGCGCUGCGCAGCCUCAAGGCUGGCGUCCUGGGCAAGCUGCCCAGGCUGCAAAAGCUGUACCUGCACCACAACCUGGUAGCCAGCGUGGCACCCGGUGCCUUCCUAGGCCUGCGGGCCCUGCGCUGGCUGGACCUGUCGCACAACCGCGUAGCCAGCCUCUUUGCGGACACCUUUCCGGGCUUGCUGGGCCUGCGCGUGCUGCGGCUCGCCCACAACGUGCUGACUGGCCUGCGGCCUCGCACCUUCAAGGACUUGCACUUCCUGGAGGAGCUGCGGCUGGGCCACAACCGGAUCCGGCAGCUGGCCGAGCGCACCUUCGAGGGCCUGGGCCAGCUGGAGGUGCUGACGCUUGACCACAACCAGCUGCAGGAGCUGCGGCCCGGGGUCUUCCUGGGCCUGGCCAAUGUGGCCGUCAUGAAUCUCUCAGGCAACUGCCUGCGGGGCCUGCCCGAGCAGGUCUUCCGUGGCCUUGGCCGCCUGCACAGUCUGCACCUGGAGGGCAGCUGCCUGGGCCGCGUGCAAGCCCACACCUUCUCGGGGCUGCCGGGCCUGCGCCGCCUCUUCCUGCGAGACAACGCCAUCACGGCCAUGGACGAGCGAAGCCUGCAGGGGCUGCCCGAGCUGCUGGAGCUGGACCUCACCGCUAACCGCCUGGCGCAGCUGCCCCGCCAGCUCUUCCAGGGCCUGGCCAGGCUAGAGUACCUGCUGCUGGCCCAUAACCGCCUGGCAGCGCUGGCCCCCGACAUGCUGCUCCCGCUGCAGCACGUCUUCUGGCUGGACCUGGCACACAACCGCCUGGAGAGCCUGGCCGAGGGCCUCCUGGCACCGCUGAGCCGGCUGCGCCACCUCAGCCUGCACAACAACUCGCUGCGCGCCCUCGUGCCGCAACCCCCUGGCCUGGAGCGCCUGUGGCUGCAGGACAACCCCUGGGACUGUGGCUGUGCACUGCGGGCGCUGUGGGCCUUCGCCCGGAGGAACCCCCGCGCUGUGCCCCGCGCCGUGCAGGCGGCUCCCGAGGGCGACGACCGGCAGGUGCCCGUGUUCACCUACAACAACAUCACCUGUGUGGGGCCACCCACGGUGGCCGGCCUCGACAUGCGUGACCUCGGCGAAGCCCACUUUGCUCACUGCUGACCACGGGCGGACCCUUGGGGCCGGGGAGCCCCGGCAGGGUGCCACUGUCCUCUGGGGCCGCAUGGACACUGGCCUGCCUGUCCCCAGGGCCAGACCUGAUGUUUACGUAGCGUGACCACAUGCCCACUGAAGCUGCCAGCAAUUAAAGUAAUCUGACAGACA